AUGGCGGACGAAGCUAUCGCAGGCCACUACCAGGUUCUGGAGGAACUCGGCCGUGGCAGCUUUGGAGUAGUGUACAAAGGCAUUGAGAAGGCCACAGGUGAAGUUGUCGCCAUCAAACAUAUCGAUCUCGAGUCCACCGACGAUGACAUCCAAGAUAUCCAAGCCGAAAUCUCAGUCUUGAGCACAUGCGCCAGCUCCCAUGUGACACAAUACAAAGCCAGCUUUUUACGCGGCAGCAAGUUAUGGAUUGUCAUGGAGUACCUGGGCGGAGGAUCUUGCUUAGAUUUGCUCAAACCCGAACCCUCCAGCUUCAGCGAAACACACAUUGCCAUCAUCUGCCGUGAACUGCUUACAGGUCUCGAGUAUCUUCAUGCUGAGGGCAAGAUUCAUCGCGACAUCAAAGCCGCCAAUAUCCUCCUAGCAGAAACCGGCAAGGUCAAGCUGGCCGACUUUGGUGUCGCGGCACAGCUGACCAAUAUCAAGUCGCAACGCAACACAUUCGUUGGUACUCCCUUUUGGAUGGCACCCGAGGUGAUUCAGCAAGCAGGCUAUGAUUUCAAGGCGGAUAUAUGGUCGUUGGGUAUAACAGCCAUUGAGAUGGCUUGUGGAGAGCCGCCUAAUGCCGACUUGCACCCCAUGAAGGCCCUUUUUCAGAUUCCCAAGAACCCGCCCCCACGACUCGAGGGUAAUUAUUCCAAAGACUUCAAGGACUUCGUCACGAGGUGCUUGGUCAAGGAUCCCGACUUGCGGCCAUCUGCCAAAGACAUGCUCAAGCACCGGUUCAUUCGAUACGCCGGCAAGGUUGAGGCGCUACAAGAGCUUAUUGAGCGCCGCCGAGCAUACGACGCAUCCAGGACAAACAAGCGAAACCGAGCCAUGUAUCAAGAGACACUGCGUAGUAUCUCACCUAGGGACGAUGAGGACGAGUGGCUCUUUGACACGGUUAGAUCAGUUGCGCCUAGGAAGACGCCCGCCAAGACCAGAAAGCCUUCGUCCAUAUUCUCGACAGAUGAAGCAUUGCGGAGACUCGAUAUCAAGGACGCACCCCUACAGCCAUCAUCACCAGCCCAACCAUCGACUGUCAGAAAAGCUACCACACGGAGACGGCCAUCGCUGGCACAGAACACUGGCACAAGCUCUAUGAGAGUUCCUCCUGGGCCAGCACUUAGAAAGCCGCUACAGCCUGAUAUGUCUUUCGGAAACUCGGGCUCCUCGCAGCGUCUCUUCAAGAGAGUUCCCUCCGAUAGUUCUACUUCGGGUCAUAUGUCCUGGCCUGAUGACGAUGAUGUGUUCUCCGACGAGAACAGGCAGCCCAAAACGGUCGAAGCGAGUAGCAAGGAAGCCAUCCUUGGGCGCCGUCUCUAUUCCAAGGCAGUGGAGCCCACGCUUGCCGAACUCCAUGCCCAGACCUCAUCCAUGUCCAAGAGAGAGGCGCUCGCAAGAUUCUCGGAUGCAUUUGCCGGACUCAAUGCCAUUGAUCCAGAAGGCGCAUAUCAUAUGAUGCAAGGCGUGAUGGCCUCGGUGGCUCAAGAUACCAAACUCUCCAACACAUUCCUUCCAAAAUCUGAUUCGGACUUGAGAUCGAGUGUUAGCACAGGCCGUGGUUCAUUCAAUAGCGAAACGCCAGCUGGUACGGUCAUUAUUCGUAACACGCCGACUACCGAUCGCAGCCAGAUGCAACUGCAGCCUCAGCAGAGUCCAUCCAGGCUUGUCCUUGCAAACAACAACCCACAUCUUAGGUCUCACCGCCGACGCCAGGGUAGCGUGAUCUCCGAUAUAAGUGGGAGCCCUGAAAAGCCGGCGACGGAUAAGGAAAAGGCAGCUAUUGGUGAGAAGUACCCAGGACGCGAUCCGCAGCCGGGCAUGGAGCAUUGUCGGCAGCUAUCAGAUGUGCUAUACAGCCGUUGGGUUGAUGGUCUCAGACUUCGUUGGCCCAACAUGUGA